GCCGUUUCUCGGAGUACCCCUUCCGCGUCCUCGCCGUCAACACCAUCGGCCGGGGGCCCCCCAGCGAGCUGGUGGAAGCCCGCACGGGGGAGCAGGCCCCCUCCAGCCCGCCCCUGAAGGUGCAGGCCCGGAUGCUGAGUGCCAGCACCAUGCUCGUGCAGUGGGAGCAGCCAGAGGAGCCCAACGGCCAGAUCCGAGGCUUCCGGGUGUACUACACCACGGACCCCCACCUGCCCCUGAGCAUGUGGCAGAAGCACAACACUGACGACAGCCACCUCACCACCGUGGGCAGCCUGAUCACAGGCACCACCUACAGCAUCCGGGUCCUGGCCUUCACCUCCGUGGGAGACGGGCCCCCCUCGGACAUCCUGCAGGUCAAAACGCAGCAGGGGGUGCCAGCCCAGCCAGCUGAUUUCCAGGCAGAGGCGGAGUCGGACACCCGGAUCCUGCUGACGUGGCUCCCGGCCUCGCAGGAACGCAUCACCAAAUACGAGCUGCUCUACUGGGAAGGCGAGGCUGGGAGCCAGGGGAGGCGUCUGCCUUUGCCGCAGCCCAUGAGCCACGGGUCAGAGCAGGCUGAGCCAGAAGGCUGGCGGG